ACAUGCGCCGUAUUUGAGUAUUUCAUACGAUUGAAAGCAACCAUUAUUUAAUGGGGUUUUGAUUUUAUUUAAUGAACAUAAGGUUCAGUUUCCUCCCCACGCAAGCGCACUGAGUCAACUAGUGACGUCACCUGCUCAUUUCAGAGCAUCUAGGUCAGUAAGACAAACAAGUUUGAUCUAAUAAGCGUUAUUGCUAAAUACGCUUUAAGACAACACAAAGUAUUUAUCGAUAACUGACCAGAGAGCUGUGACCGACAGUGUGACCAUGUUCCUGGUUCAGUUAGCCGCAGGCGGCAUGUAAAAGUAGCCGCCCCCAAUUUGAUUAGAGCUAAAAAGUCUGGUAGCUACAGCUCCUAGCUAACCGGACUCCACAGAACCCGCUGACAGAGGUCGACACAUCCCGCUGCUUCCCAGGCGUUUACAUGGCCGUUAUGACGUAGUGGUUCCGUUUAAAAACACACAACAACUCCGUGUUUACAGCCGUCAACCUCAGCUCUGUCGUUGCUUGGCUGCUUCUGACCAUGAUAUCAAGCUAACGCGGGCGGUGUUAGCGUUAGCAAAACAAGAGCGGUGCUGUGGAAGUCAGCUGACAACCUGCCGCGAGCUGCCAACAGACCAGUGAUGGAUCAACUCAAAGUGAAGGACCGCAUUUUGGAGAACAUCUCCCUGUCUGUGAAGAAGUUGCAGAGUUACUUUGCGGCCUGUGAAGAUGAGACUCCUGCUAUACGGAAUCACGACCGGGUCCUGCAGCGCCUGUGUGAACACCUUGACCAUGCUCUGCUGUAUGGGCUGCAGGACAUCUCCUUAGGCUACUGGGUCCUUGUCCUUCACUUCACCCGGAAAGAGGCUGUCCGCCAGAUAGAUGAGCUUCAACACAUAGCAACCAACGUUGGUCGAAGUCGUGCAUGGUUAUACCUGGCGCUGAGUGAGAGCUCUUUAGAGAGCUAUCUGCGCCUCUUCCAAGAGAACCAAGGUUUACUACAAAAGUAUUAUUUCAAGAACGCACUGGUUUGCAGUCAUGACCACCUCACUCUCUUCCUCACGCUGGUCUCCGGCCUGGAGUUCAUUCGCUUUGAUCUGGAGCUGGAUGUGCCCUAUCUGGAUGUGGCCCCUUACAUGCCAGAAUACUACAAACCCUACAACCUGCUAGACUUUGAGGAGCGGCUGCCCAGUUCAGACAGCUUGUCCCUGCACUCCUUUACAUCGCUCACCUCCACCAAUCUGGAGUGGGAUGACAGUGCCAUAGCCCCAUCCAGUGAAGAUUAUGAUUUUGGUGACAUCUUCCCCGUGUUGCCGUCAUUGCAAAGUGCAGACUGGGAAGAGGGUGACCUGACCGACCAGGCCAGCUGCCCACGAUCCAGUGGAUCUGAUCCCCAAACUGUCAUUAGCGACACAGUGGUGCUUUCGGUCAGCUCUGUGAAGGUGAAGGUAGCAGCUCAUCCUCCUCCACACAGCCCCACAUCCAGACACAACCCCUUCAACGAGGACUCAGACACCAACACCACCAACACCUCAGCCGACGUCACGCCAGUUCACAUAGUGAGCCGCCACAACAGUAUCACGGCCGGAGAUGACCCAGAGUACACCAGCAAUGAGCUGGAGGUCAUCAGGAUGGCCAGACGAAGGAAACCAGCAAAGAAACGUCGAGGGAGGGGCUCCACAGAUUCCAGCACCAGCAUCCACAACUCUGUCUCUUCUGACCUCAUGGAAAUCGAGGCCUCGGACGAUUUGGAUUCAUUAAAUUGCACUUUGAUGCAUCUGGAUGGUGAAGGAGAGUUGAGGAGAAGCAGGGUGGGAUCAGAGACAGUUGAUGAGGGUGAUGAGGACGGGGUAGAAGGCCUCCUGCGCCUGCCAGAGAUGACUGACACCUCCAUGGACACCAUGGGCCAGCCCCUCCGAGACGUCAUGGAGCGGCUCAAUGGGGCUCUGGAUAGGGAGGCAGCCUGGGAGCACCUGGAGGAAGAGGUGGAGAAAAAUGGCUGUGACCGGGGCCGCGAGCCCCCUGCACAGCAGCCCUUUCGAGAGGACUCAGGGGGCGAGCCACCUGACCCGGUACCAGGAGAGACUCUGGGUACAGGCCUCAACCUCCUGCAGGCCUCUCCUUCACCGACAGACAUAUGCUGCUUUACCGCCAACAGUCCAGACUCUGCUCCCACAGGUGGUGGCCACCAUGACUCUACAGAGCAUAGCCAGUCACAGACUCUUUCAGGUUGCCAUAAAGAUGAGGGAGAGGCAAAAGCGUCAACAGGACAGGAGCUUGACAUAAAGGAAGAGGAGGAGGAAACUGUACAAGAAGAAGAGAUGGCAAAUAAUUCAUUUAAUGUGCAAACAAAACAACGGCUACAAGAGGAGGAGCUUAGUCCCUUAGAGAGUUCUCACCCUGCGGAGUUUAGGGUGGACAAUAAUCACCUGCUUCUGUUGAUGAUCCAUGUAUUUCGAGAGAAUGAGGAGCAGCUCUUCAAGAUGUUGAGGAUGAGUACCGGCCACAUGGAGGGGGACCUGCAGCCCCUUUACCUGCUCCUCACGGACUGUUACAUCUACCUGCUACGGAAGGGUGCUGCAGAGAAACCCUACACAGUAGAAGAAGCUGUCUCUUACAAUGAGGUGGACUAUCUUUCAGUGGGCCUUGACCAACAGACAGUGACAGUGGUUUGCACCAACAGACGAAGAAAAUUCCUUUUGGACACAGCUGAUUCCUCACUGACAAUCUGGUUCCUAUCAAUUCUCAAGUCAGCCAUGGUGAAGGGCUGUCGUGAGCCACCUUACCCCUCCGUGCUGACUGAUGCUACCAUGGAAAAACUGGCUCUCACUAAGUUUGUCUCCCAGGAAUCUCACUGUGAGGUAACAGAGGUGUCUAUCCAACUCUAUUCACUGGUCCACUGGGAGGAUCCAAUGGACAUGACUAUGUCUCCCCAAGGUGGCCCACCAAGCUCUAGAGGCUCUUCCAGUACCAAGGAGGGGACUGUCCAGUACCGGUCUGGAAACACAUACCUGGGCAAAGAGCUGUGGAAAAGCUGUUACCUUGUGCUCAGCAAAGGGAUUCUUUACCUGUAUGCAGAAAGAACAGAUGGGAUACCUCAGCUGUCCGUCACUAUGGGAGGAGAGCAUUGUGGUGGCUGCCGGCGCUCAAACAGCACAGAGCGUCCCCAUGCAUUCCAGGUCAUCCUGACAGAGCGCCCGCCGCUGGAGCUCAGCGCCAACAAUGAGCAGGACAUGGCCGACUGGAUGCAGCUGCUCUGCCAGUCCGUCUCCAAAGGGGUCAUCCCUCAGGGUGUGGCUCCCACCCCGUGUAUCCCAUGCUGCCUGGUGGUGACAGACACGAAGCUGCUAACUUGCCAUCAGGACUGUCAGACCAGCUUCUUCCGUUCUCUGGGCAGCGCCGAUGUUUGUGAUGUCACCACUGUUAACCUGGAGGCCGACAAGGAGUACUGUGUCAUUGAGUUUGCAACAGAUCGAACCCAGUUCCUCCCUCCAUGGGUCUUGUACUUCAGCGGAUGUGAAGAGAGAGAUCGGCUGCUGGCGGCGUUGGACAAGACGUGGAAAGAUAUUUACCAGGUUGACCUUCCCCAUAGAGAGGUGUCUGAUCCAUCAGUGCAGAAGCGAUGCAGCGAGGCCCUUGCCCUGAUGAAGAGUGCCUGGCAGAGGGCAGACAGUCUGGCCCGAGGCAGAGCCCAACGUGAACCCUGGUGCUGACUGACACACGUGCACACAUAUAGCUUACCUUUGGUUAACCACUGAAACACACUGGUAGUCUGAUGUAGAAAGACAGGUGACGAUGAUGUGUUUCUAUCAGAGACCUCCUGCAUAAGUACCAUGCAUAUGGCAAAGAUAUGCAGCUAUGAGACCUCCUCCCUUGUGACAGGGUUUUUCAUUUCAUUCUGUUGAUACAUUACUGUCAUUCAUCUAUCAGAGGUUCUUCAGACAUUGCAGCAAUGUAGGAAGAAAUAUGAGGAAUGAAGGAAAAGUUUAGUGUCACAUGAUGUGAUUUACAUAUAUGAGAAAAGCACUGCAGGACAUGGUGAUGUACUAAUAUACAAUGCACAUAGAGUAGCUGUGUCAUUGUAAUAAUUUUAAACCGAUUUUCAAUACAUCUUGCACUCAGAUGUAUCCUGCUGAAUUAAGGCCUUUUGACAAUUGAGAGUUUCGUCUCAAUACUACAUUUCCUUAUUCAACCCUUGACUUUCAGUCAGUAAAAAACUACACGUAUAAACACAUACAUUUAAUUUGGAGAAAGAUAAAAGAUCUGUUACCAGUUUCUCUGCACUGCGAGUUAAGAAAAUCAUUAAUGAUUUAUUUAUUUAAAGAAAGCUGGAUGUUUCUUAUUAUAUACUUAAUAUAUGUAUCAAGAAAGCCAUAUAUGAAGGGUAUGUCGUUGCUCUUUUGCGAUGUGGAAAAAUGCACACUCCUUGCCUUGCAAACACACACACAAUCCAUAUAUACCGUCUCGUCUUGCACAACCAACAACUGUGGGAUGAUGACUCCUGGUUAACAGAGUCACUGUACAAGAUGUUACACUGCACCCUGACUGUGGAGUCAUUAUAGAGCAACUGUACAGUAUCAAUGCAUAAUCACUGAUUGUCAUGUAUGUGUCUCAUUCAGUUGGUGUGAGGACACAAUCCUCUUCACUGUACAUUAUCCUGAUAGAGUGAGGAUCUCAAUAUGAAGUAUGCCUGGAUAUUUGCUACAUGACAUGUUCAUUUAUCUGAGAUCUUGCUUUACCCCUUGAAAUGUUGUCAGUCAGAUAAACUAUCAGGAAAUGCAACAGACUUGCCUUUACCUCCCCUCUCGAGACGAGCGGAGGCUUCCAUGCAGACUUGCACAUUGUUUUUGCUGUUAGUCUCUUUUUUUUUAAAUUGGUACCUAUUAUUGUUAUCAUCAAAACAUCCUGUUUUUCUUUCCAUUUUAGAAGAAAGCGAAACAAUUGUUACAAAAUGAUUUGCUGAGUGGUGACAUUGUCUUAGUGUCGAUUUCUGUCUGAAUCAGAAGAGUUGUACUUCUCUCGCCUGGUUAAAUAAGAAUCACUAACCAAUAAGUGCUAGAAUCACAGCUGCUGUUUUUUUGUUUUUACACCAGUAGUUUGUGACAGCAACACUGAUUUAAUCUGGCAAUCUACCAGCUGUAAAACACUAGAUAAUAGUAACCUCACUGGUCAUUCUUUUACUACCUAGGUUCCCUAGGUUCACGCGUCAAAUAGCCUUUAAACGUAGACCAAAUGCUUCACCAAUAACAUUAUCUUAUAUUCCUUGUAAAUGAAAUGGGGACUGGAUGGUAAUGGUUAUGCAUGUUACAAUCUGUCCUCAACACUGAGGCCUGCUGCUGUGAUAGAGCCUGUGUGUAACUGCUCUUAUUAUAAGGCAGAGAACAAUGUGGUUUCUUCCGCAAUGACAAUUACAUUUUUUGACUGAACUGGAUUUGGCCAAGUAGUUUCAAUUGAAAUAAGCACUGUUAUUACAUUUGCCUUACACUGUACAUUUGGCUGCAUUAGGAAACGUAAACAAUCCUCAUAAUUUAUGCUGUGAUUUUUGGAAUAGUCGGAAACUCUGACAUGUCCUGCCACAAAUUGCAUGGUCAGCUAAGUAAAAUACAAAAACAGAGGCAUUGAGCAGUCACCAGUAUCAGCCCCGCACAUACAGUGUGUCUCCUACUUGCAUGUUCGCACAUGCAUACUUCUUUCUCUAUCGCCCACUGUUUCUUCAAAGUCAGCAUCACUCAGUGCUUUAAGCCGUUCUAAGUGCCACUUGUUCUUGCUCAUCUUCUGCUCUUUUACAAAGAAAUCUAAUCUCAGGUGAAAAAGGUACUUCUCAUCCAAAACCUUAAGAGUCACCGUGCAUUUUAUAAGAUUGCUGCUGUUUGUCUAAUUACACGUUCUUUAAAAUCCAUUUUUCUACUUCUGUUCCUCCCAUGUUCCAUACAGCAUUAUGAAUUUAUUUUUGCGUGCACAGGGGAGACGGCAACGUGAUACCAUUAGGUGGAGAAGGUUUUAUUUUGAAAUCCUUGAAUAAUUCAGUGGGUUCCAAAACAGGAUUUGGUCAGCUGUUUGAUUGAAAUCUUCCCCUUCCAGUGGAUUACUGAAGGACCUUUUGACCAGGGAGAGAACAGUUUAUUAUCAAUGAUAAGCAAAUCAAGUGCUUAAAGUUGUGACCUAUGAAGUGUACGUAAAGAAGAACUAGUCUUUUUGAGCUGUGUUUUGAAUGUAGGUCAUUGCUGGCCAAUGGUGGAUGACAUCCUUUGAAUGAUGCAUUGUGAAAAAGCCGCUUUUUUGAUUUUUGAUCAUAUAUGUAUAAUGCAUGUCAUAUUUAUGUUAUGUUUGGUAGUUUUAUUAAAUUGUAAAUAUAGCACUAAUCAAUAUAACACACUGUAAAGUCCCGCAGAAAGACAUGCAUGUCCAGAGGGUUUUAUACUGUUCGGACAGCGUAUCUGAAUAAACUGAAACGAAACCAUGGC